GGCUGGGGCUUUCCUAAAGGGAAAGUGAAUAAAGAGGAGGCUCCCCAUGACUGUGCUGCAAGAGAGGUGCUUGAAGAGACAGGCUUUGAUAUCAAAGAUCGCAUGUGCAAUACUGAUUAUAUUGAGCUGAAGAUCAAUGAUCAGUUGGCUCGUUUAUAUAUCAUUCCUGGAGUCCCAAAAGACACAAAAUUUAACCCAAAAAAAAGGAGAGAAAUACGAAACAUUGAAUGGUUUCCAAUUGAAAAACUGCCUUGCCAUAAGAAUGAUAUGACUCCCAAGUCAAAAUUAGGAUUAGCUCCCAACAAGUUCUUUAUGGUCAUACCGUUUAUAAGACCGUUAAGAGAUUGGCUUCAACGAAGACUGGGCGACUCCUCUGACAGUGAUAAUGGAUUAGCUUCAGCUGGAACUACACCAUCUAAACCUAAUGGGGAAAAAUCAAAACCCAAAAUGCGUUGUAUGCCUCAGUUUUCUGAGCCUGCUCAUGUUGAACAGUGGACAAAGCCCAAGGUACAACAAAAGCCAUAUAGUAAUUUCAGUCCAGCAGAAAUGUCAGAACUUCUGAAGAUGAAGAACCAAAAUCUUAAGAAUAAUGGUAAAAAGCAGCAUCAGGACUCUCCAAACCAAAAGAAGAAAGCAAAUGGGCUGCACACUCCGCAGGUCAAGCAACAGAUAAGCCUUUUGAAAUCUGACAGGAAACUUAACCACAGACGACUGCAUGACACAUUUGAUGGCGACUCUGCAUUCGGUAUGGUAUAUCCAUCUGAAGGACGUCAGUGUGACCUCAAUGGAGACGAAGCUUGUAAUGGGACAGCACAGUACCCCUUCUCUUCCAGAGCCUUCCUGGGCUUCCGAUUUGACAGGGAUGCCAUCAUGAAAUCCUUGGAUCUCUAA